AUGCUGAUGCAUACUUUUGGUCCAGUGUACUGCCUGCUCGUCAACCGAAUGCAAUUCAUCCGUGAACAGUCGUACGCGACGCACCACCAGACGGUGAACCUCACGCGCGCGCUUCUGUGUGAGCUCGUAGCGGAAAAGAUCCUCCGGCGAUACAACGAGCACAACCCCGGACCGAGGGGCCUGCUCAAGCUGGCAAAUAUCCUGGUUGCGGGAUUCGAACCGUUCCAGGGCGCGCCCGACGAGGUGACCUCGCAGAGUCAGCAUGCGAUGCACUACUGGACCGCCCAGCGGAGAUCCGAGUCCGGUAAAGUGGAGAGGAAACUGACAGCCCUGGAAGUUGCUAUCGUCAGCGCCAGCAAGUCGUUUCUGGCGAGCAGUGCUUGUCAAAAGGUCGUGGACGCCAUUUACCGAGGCAAGGUCGUAUACACGCCCAGCAGUUUCAUCGACAUCAUACCCGACCAUUGGAAGAAGAGACCGAUUUCCCUGUAUGACCCGCGACGAGCCCCGUUGCUGAAUCAAUACAGAUUGAUUGUGCCACGGACAAGGAACUUGAUUGAAGUCUGUCAAUUUGUCAUUCUACUCGCCCUAUACAUUGCGGUUAUGGCGGCGCGAGAAAAUAGAAUGGACACCACUUACGAGGUCCUCGAGCUGGUCUUUGAUGUUUAUGGGGCUGGUUGGGUGCUCGAUCAACUCGCAUCUAUUCUCGAACAUGGUUGGGGUGUGUAUACUCAGAAUUUGUGGUCGUUUCUCGAUGUCAUGUUCUCGACAAUAUUCAUCAUAUACCUUGUCUUACGAAUCUGCGCCUCCUCCUUUGUCGACGAGGAAAAGUCCAUUGCCCUCGCGCGGACUGCUCUGGACAUUCUCAGCUGCGCCGCUCCGGUGCUUAUUCCUCGACUAGCAUUCAACGUCAUGUCGGAGAAUAUGUUGUUUCUCUCCUUGAGAGCGAUGAUGUCUGAUUUCCUGACACUGACUGCGCUGGCCGUAUGGUGCUUUGCGGGCUUCCUCCUGAGUCUUAAGUGGUUGCAUGCUGGCGCUCAUCAGGCUGUGACGAUCGGGGAGUGGAUGAUCUGGAUUUGGUUCGGUCUCGACGGGACUGGUAUUGAUCAGUCCCCAGACUUCCAUUGGCUCCUGGGACCCGCCUUGAUGGUGUUGUUCGCUUUCCUGGGCAACACGUUGUUCCUCACCGUUCUCGUCUCGAUGCUGACAAACACAUUCAGCGGCAUCGUUGGCAACGCUGUUCAGGAAAUCCAGUUCCGGCGAGCCGUCCUUACUUUCGAAGGGGUCAAAUCAGACGCCAUCUUUGCGUAUAUGCCCCCAUUCAACAUCCUCGCACUGAUACUUGUGCUGCCUUUAAAGUGGAUGCUCUCCAAAAGAAUGUUCCACAAGGUCAACGUCGCAGCGGUCAGGGCGAUCAACCUACCAACAUUGCUAAUUGUUGCAUGGUAUGAGAGGAGAACGCUCUGGAUUUCGGACAAGCGGAAGAUUGCCAGCAGCAAGAAAAUUGACUGGAAGCAUCCCGGCGGCCCCAGGGCGACGCCUGCGCAAUAUUGGGCUCUCUCACGGUUUAGUGUACAUGGAGAUAUCCACGCAGUGUUCGACAUUGAUCCACCACAGUCAGUACUGGACAAGAUCGCCGAAGAAGACAACCUGAAUCACAGCGACGACAUGGGGAUCCUUUCCAACACCAAAUUGCAGGACCAAUUCACGCACUUAUCGGAGCAAAGAAGAGAGAGUCAGACGGUGGAUUCGAGUCAAAACCCACCAGUCAACCCGGAGCCUGCGAAGAGCGGAAGGAGAGAGUCACAGGUCGACCAGAAGUUGAAAGACCAGUUUCGUGACUCGAGUGAUGAGGGUGGAGAUGAUGACCAACAUCCGCCCGGUUAUCGCAAGCCAAACAGGCGCGAAAGAAUUGACUCACUGGUUGACCUGGACGGUGGACAAGACGGCCGAUUCCUGGAGGCGACGGCGAGACUGCACAAGAUAGAAGAUGCCUUGGAAAGAAUGGAAGCCAUGCUUGCUCAACUGAUGGGCGCGGGAGAUGCCAGCAGCGAGAACAGCGAGGGGCGGGAAGAACUCGCUUCGGAAAUACGGGAGAAUUCCAUCAAAUGA